CGGCGGGGCCUCCGCCCGCGGCCUCGGACGCGCCGCUCGUGGCCCCGCCCCUAUAAUAUAAGGGGCGGCCUCAGCGCGGCCCCGAGCGCGGUCGCCGCCUCUCCCGCAGCCGACCCGCGCACGGGCACCAUGGCAGACCAAUCUUUUGUGACUCUAGCCACAAAUGACUCCUAUGUGAAAGGAGCACUGGUACUUGGUUCAUCCUUGCAACAGUACAGAACAACAAGGAAGCUGACUGCACUCAUAACUCCUCAGGUCUCAGAUCUUAUGAGGAGAGUGCUGGAAAAGGUCUUUGAUGAAGUCAUAUUGGUAAACGUCUUGGACAGUGGGGAUUCAGCACACUUGGCAUUAAUGAAAAGACCCGAGUUAGGUGUCACACUAACAAAACUUCACUGCUGGGAAUUGACACAGUUUACAAAGUGUGUUUUCAUGGACGCAGACACAAUGGUUUUGUCAAAUAUCGAUGAGCUUUUUGAGAGAGAGGAGCUGUCUGCAGCACCAGAUCCAGGCUGGCCUGACUGUUUUAAUUCAGGAGUUUUUGUUUACCGACCUUCCAUUGAAACGUACAAUCAGCUGUUACAGUUUGCCACAGAGAAAGGCAGCUUUGAUGGUGCAGAUCAGGGGUUAUUAAACACCUUCUUCAGCAGCUGGGCAACAACAGACAUGAGCAAACAUCUACCAUUUAUUUAUAAUUUGAGCAGCACUUCUGUAUAUUCCUACCUUCCAGCAUUUAAAGCGUUUGGUGCAAGUACUAAAGUGGUGCAUUUCCUGGGAAGCACAAAGCCAUGGAACUACACAUAUGACUCCAGAACAAAAAGCAUAAAAGGCAACAUGGACGACCCUAAAAUAGUUCACCCAGAAUUCCUCAACAUGUGGUGGGAUACCUACAUAGCUGAUGUUUUACCAUUAUUAGAACAGCAUGGAAUUGUUAAAGAAAUUACGACAGGUGUAAACAUGCUAUCGGGCUUGGUCUAUACUCUGGCUUUCUCUUGUGGCUUCUGUAGAGAGGCAGAGGUUACAGAGGCAGUGUCCCACUUAUCAGUAUCACCAGUAUUACCAACUGAAUCUUCAGAAGAACGCAAGGAACGGUGGGAACAGGGCCAAGCUGACUAUAUGGGAGUGGAUUCCUUUGACAACAUCAAGAAGAAACUUGAUACCUACCUUCAGUAGAAAUGCCUGUCUCAAACAGUGGUCAUGCAAGGACUUGUUCCAGAACUAACAGCUAGAAAGGUAUAGAUGGUGGUCAGUUACACUUGCUAGUAGCUUGAUGAAAAACUCCUUGGCUGAAGGCCUCUGCAGUGCUACAGAUGAAGACUGAGCAAAAGCUAGGAAGCAGAAUUCCUUGGGCCACCUAUUACUGCCCAAUUUCCAAUUCUCCCUACUAGAUAAAACCAGGUAUUUUCAGCUUAAAAUUUUUUCUGUUGUGAUCAAUUGGCUCAAGAUAUUCCUGAAACUGGGUUUGUUGCCUCACCUCAUUAAGGUGAUUAGCAUUGAUUCCUUUGCUUGCUGUUUUAGAUGUAAAAUCUAAUUCAUGAGAUUGCUCAUACACUGGAGUGGUAGCCAUUCUGCUUUACCAUAAAUGUAUUAAUGACACUGGGAUACAUACGGUUGUAACAGUAAUAGCACUGCUUUGCUCUUCCAGUCACAAUUGCACUGAAAUUUUGACCAGGUUCUUACGCACAGUGCCUACAGCAUGGCAGAAUGCGUUUUUCAGUUCUGUAUACUAUGGGACUAGUAAACUGAGUUUUAUCUGUUCCUUGCAAUGUUGCACUUGAUACAAAAAUAAAAAGUUGUCAUGCA